AUGAGGACCAGAUCAGCUCCAGCAUCCAAGGCGUCAGCCUCCAAAACAAAGGAUACCGACCAAAAAACAAAGUCUCUGGUCCCCGCCGAACAACCAAGCAAGACAUUCAUUCUCCCAACCGGUACUAGCGACAAUGCACGACUACUCUCCCUGCCUCAGCCUCAAUCCGGGGAGCUAGCUCGCUACUUCUUCUGCCCAGAGCGUGGAGUGUAUGAAUUUACAGUUGUCGCACCACCGGCGCAUUCGGCGCGCAGUAUACUCUUCACCCAUGAGACGCGCGAAACACCCAGCCCGGAAGACGAGACGCCCACGAAGUCCUCACUACAAGGAUCAAUCACAAAGAAGGCCGAGCUACUAGUUGCAACACCAAUUGAUGCCAUGUUCUUCAUUGUAUCAUUGCUGGCACCCUCUUCGAAAUCCGGACCCGCCUUGUUCCAGCCAUUGGACGAUAUCAUCGACUCGCACGACGAUAUGCCGAAGCAUCUACGCCGUGUCCUCUAUGAUGAAACAUUCCGCGCAUCUCUAUUAACGCGUGUCGAAGCUACUUGUGAUGUGGUGGAAGCCGGAGAUGAGAAGAUGUUCCGAUUCAGUGAGACCAAGCUAGUCAAGGAGUUGAUCGCAAAGGCAGAACGCAUGGCAGAUAGGGGGCUUCCUGUCAGUCUGGAGGAACGAUUCAUUCGUCAGGCGCUGGCUACUCCAUUGAUGGCAGUUAAGCGACAAGACAUUGUGACCAGCCAGGAACCCGCUAGCGAGAGUGAACCAACGUCUAAAUCAGAGGACAGACAAGAUACACCAUCAACGGUGGCGACGGAUGCUACCCCUUCAAUUUCAACGCCCGCAGGAGAAUCUACGCCUGUUCCGCAGCCAGACGGCGAAGAUUCAAAUACCGGGCCCAUCACUCGCCUCCUUCAGAUUUCCACAGCACUGUCUUUCAUGAAGGAAUCAUAUCUGCCAGCCACUAUAGCAUUGCGAUUGGAUGAGAUCCUUGCAUCUGCAGAGAGUCCUCUCGACUUUACCCCUUUGAAGGAUCGUCUCAAGGAAAUUGCUGAGCUUCGCGCUCAAGCUCUCGCCUCGCGCGACAUGUCCAAUUUCACACGGAAGCGAGGUCUCGAUGACGAAGAAGAAGACACAAGAGCCGAGAAGAAGCGUCGCAAGGAUGAAGAGGAUAAGAAGGCCAAAGCGGCAGAGUCGCAAGCGGUAAAAAACUUGAAGAAAGUCAACACAAGCGGUAUGGCGAAGAUGAGCUCCUUCUUCGCCAAAGCCCCUCCUAAAAAGAAGGCUUGA